GUUAAAAAAAAUCCUGUAUGGGCUGCAGAAAGAUUGCCCUUAGCAAAAUAAGUACAGCUAAAUAUGCAAAUCCCCGCCCCUUGAAAGAGGCAGAAAUCAAAUCUCAAGCCAACAGGUGCAGGAAUUCUGGAGAGGAGGCCAGACAGCAAAUUGGAGCGGCUUGGAGAAGAUCAGGAGUGAUUGCUGGAAAAGGCAACAAGCAGGAGCCAUGAGUGGAGCAAACUGGCUGUGUAAUACCUCGGAGGAUCAGUUUGCUGAGCUGUGGGACUGGAACCUGACAUGGUACACGGCUACUCCCAGUUUUACUUCAUGUUUUGAGAGCACUGUGCUGGUCUGGAUUCCGUGUGUCUACCUUUGGGUCCUUUUCCCCUUCUAUCACUUCUACCUUCGGAAAAACUGCAGAGGUUAUAUCAGGAUGUCGGCCAUCUUCAAAGCCAAAAUGGUUCUUGGCUUCGCCUUGGUAUUGUUGUGUAUCUCAACUUCAUUCUACAUUCUUUGGGAAGUAACCCGAAGGAUUCCACGAGCACCUGGAUUUAUCAUCGGUCCUCCUUUGCAGGUGGUCACAAUGGUCCUGGUGGUAUUCCUAACCCAGAUGGAAAGACUAAAAGGCGUCCAGUCUUCAGGCAUUUUGCUGGCAUAUUGGUUGCUCUGUUUUCUCUCUGCUAUCAUUCCCUUUACCUCUAAAAUACAACAUGCCCUGAAAGGUGGCUUUGGAGAAGAACCCUUCCAUCACAUUGCCUCAUACAUUUAUUUCACCUUGAUCCUAUCGGAACUGAUGCUUUGCUGCUUUGUAGAUCAGCCUCCCUUCUUCUCCAAAGUUAUUGAUGACGCCAACCCGUGUCCCGAAGCUGGAGCCUGUUUUGCUUCCAAAAUCACAUUUUGGUGGUUUGCUGGACUGGUCUGGAAGGGAUAUCGGCAGCCCCUACAAACAGAUGAUCUGUGGUCACUAACAAAAGAAAAUUCCUCUGAAGAGAUAGUUGCCAAGAUUGAAGAUGCAUGGAAUAAGAAUUAUGCAAGAGCCACACAAACUGCAGACUCGAUGAAAUUUAAGAGAGUGCAAGAAAGUAGCGAAACCAUAGAGGAAACCACCAUCCUACUUCAGCCGGAAUCUAAUAAAAGCACAUUGCUGCUGAAAGCUUUCUGGACCGUGUUUGGAACAUAUUUUCUUGUUGGGACUCUCAGUUUAGUCAUCGGUGAUGUCCUUCUGUUUUUGAUCCCAAAGACACUGAGUCUUUUCCUAGAUUUCAUCACCAAUCCAGAAGCUCCUUACUGGAAAGGUUAUCUCUAUGCCAUUGUGAUGUUCCUCUUAGCUUGUCUCGAGACUCUCUUUGAACAGCAGUAUAUGUAUAUGUGUCUUGUAUUGGGAGUGAGGUUAAAGACGGCCGUUACGGAUCUCGUUUAUCGGAAGAUCUUAGUCAUGUCAAACACAGCCAAGAAAGCAACCACAGAGGGGGAAAUUGUAAACUUGGUGUCUGUCGACGUCCAGAAACUAAUGGAACUUGUUAUCUAUUUUAAUGGGACUUGGCUUGCUCCCAUCCGAAUUCUCAUCUGCUUCGUCUUCCUUUGGCAGCUCCUGGGGCCAUCGGCUUUGACUGCUGUUGCAGUGUUUUCAUUCCUCUUGCCACUGAACUUUGCAAUCAGCAAGAAGAGAAGCCAGUUCCAGGAAGCUCAGAUGAAGUAUAAGGACAGUCGUGCAAAACUCACUAGUGCUGUUCUCAGUGACAUUAAAAUCCUCAAGCUGCACGGCUGGGAGAAGAACUUCAUGGGCAAAGUGUUGGGCAUCCGGACCCAAGAACUUCAAGCGCUCAGAGCAUCACAGCUUCUCUUCUCUGUCUCUCUUGCUUCCUUCCACUCCUCGACAUUUCUGAUCGCAUUCAUCAUGUUCGCAGUCUACACGUUGGUGGAUGAGCAAAAUGUCUUGGAUGUCCAGAAAGCCUUUGUCUCUCUCGCCCUGAUCAACAUACUCAACAGGGCUCAUUCUUUCCUUCCCUUCUCCAUUAAUGCUGUCAUGCAGGCAAAAAUUUCCCUAAAGCGUUUAGCUGCUUUUCUGUGCCUUGAAGAACUGGAUCAAACUGAAACAGACUCUGGUUCUUUAGACUGCAUGCUGGAUGGUGUUGUUGUAAGGAAUGGAACUUUCUGCUGGUGCAGGGAGGGCCCUCCAUGCCUUAAAAGGAUAAAUCUUGCCAUACCUCGAGGCAGUCUGUGUGCUGUGGUCGGACAGGUAGGAGCUGGAAAAUCCUCACUACUCUCUGCAUUACUUGGUGAGCUGCACAAAACUGAAGGCAUCCUUGCGAUGAAGGGCACAGUAGCAUUUGUUCCCCAGAAACCCUGGAUACAAAAUGCAUCAGUGGAAGACAAUAUCACUUUUGGACAAAAGAUGGAUCGGAGAUGGUACGACAGAGUGGUCAGAGCCUGUGCACUGCAACUGGACCUGGAUAGCUUCCCUGCUGGAAGCCAGACAGAAAUAGGAGAGAAGGGCAUAAAUAUUUCUGGAGGACAAAAGCAGAGACUCAGCUUGGCUCGAGCAGUUUACAAGAAGGCAUCGGUUUACCUUCUGGAUGACCCCCUUUCAGCUGUGGAUGCUCAGGUUGGCCAGCACAUUUUUGACCAGGUCAUUGGACCAAAUGGCCUAUUAAACAACAAGACUCGUGUUCUGGUGACCAACACCGUCCAUAUUUUGCCCAAAGUGGACAAUAUUGUUCUUAUAACGAAUGGAGCAAUCUCUGAAACAGGCUGUUGUCAAGAACUUGUGCAGAGGCAGGGGGCUUUUGCAGACUUCCUCAGGUCACACAACCCAGACAAGAAAGAGGGUCAGGAUAUGCAAGGUACAGGUGUUGAAAUUAUCCCCACAGGACGCAUGACCCACCAGAGGAAGCUUGGAGAGUCUUACAAGCCUUCGACUGAGAGAGGCGGUUACAAGCCAACAGUUGGAGAAAGGGCAGGAUUUGUGGCCGAAGGCGAAAAACGGCUAACUGGGAGGGCUAAGGCUUCCAUCUACCUGACCUACCUGAGAGUGGCGGGCUCUCUCCUCUGGGCCUACAUUGUGCUUUUGUUCAUCGGCCAGCAAGUCGCCUCGUUUUGCCAAGGGUACUGGCUCAGCCUGUGGGCCAACGACCCCGUUUGCAACGGGACACAGCAGCACACUGAGCUCCGCAUCGGCGUUUUCUUUUUCCUCGGAUUUGCUCAAGCCAUUGGAAAGUUCGGAUCUAUCGCUGCUGUCCUCUUGGCUGGGACAGUCGCAUCCCGCAAGCUCUUCUGGCGGCUUCUGUGGGAUGUCCUCCGGUCUCCUAUGACCUUCUUUGAGCAGACAUCCAGCGGUGACCUGCUCAACCGCUUCUCCAAAGAAAUGGACGCCAUUGAUUCUGUCAUCCCAGACAAGCUGAAGUCCUUGCUGGGAUUCCUGUUUAAUCUGCUGGAGAUUUACGUUGUGAUUGUAACAGCCACGCCUAUAGCAGUGGUGGCCAUCAUUCCUCUGACAGCCUUGUAUGCUGUGUUCCAGAGUUUCUUCAUCACCACCUCCUGCCAGCUGAAACGCCUGGAAGCUGCCAGCCGUUCACCCAUCUACUCCCACAUUUCAGAGACCUUCCAAGGGAGCAGCGUCAUCCGCGCGUACAAGGACCAGCAACGUUUCAUUUUGCAGAAUGAUCUUAAGGUGGAUGAAAACCACAGGGCGUCUUUCCCUACCACGGUAGCUGACAGGUGGCUUGCCACAAACAUAGAAUUCCUGGGCAACGGCAUCGUCCUUUUUGCGGCUUUACUUGCUGUGAUGAACAAAACACACCUCAGUCCAGGGAUUGUGGGCUUUUCCGUUUCCUAUGCUCUUCAGAUUACAGGUGUUUUGAACUGGAUGGUGCGGUCCUUGGCAGAAAUAGAUAACAACAUUGUCUCUGUAGAGAGAGUGACCGAUUACUCUGUGACACCAAAAGAAGCUCCCUGGACUUUGGACAAUCAUCUCCUACAUGAGAAUUGGCCGACUGAAGGAAGGAUUGAAUUUAAAGGAUAUAGCUUGCGAUACCGGCCAGAGUUAGACUUGGCUCUGAAGGACAUCAGCCUAAAGAUCAAUGGACGAGAAAAGAUUGGCAUAGCUGGAAGAACAGGGGCUGGCAAGUCUUCUCUAGCCAUGGGGCUUCUAAGACUAGUGGAAGCUGCGGCUGGUGAGAUUGUGAUUGAUGGGACCAAUAUUGCCAAAAUGGGUCUGCACGAUCUGAGAAGCAAGGUUACCAUUAUCCCGCAGGACCCAGUUUUGUUUUCGGGCUCCCUACGAAUGAACCUUGACCCCUUAAGUGUGUAUUCCGAUGAGGAGAUCUGGACUGCUCUGGACCUGAUGGUGCUCAAGAGUUUCGUUUUGGAUCUGCCUGAUCAACUGGCCCACGAGUGCUCAGAAGGAGGUGAAAAUCUGAGUGUUGGCCAGCGGCAGCUCAUCUGCCUGGCAAGAGCUCUGCUCCGGAAAGCCAGGAUCCUGGUUUUGGAUGAGGCCACUGCAGCUGUGGAUCUUGAAACAGAUUUGCAAAUUCAGUCCACCAUAAGGAUGCAGUUCAGUGAGUGCACAGUUCUAACAAUAGCCCACCGCGUCAACACCAUUAUGGACUAUGAUAGGAUUUUAGUAAUGGAAAGGGGCCGAGUAGCAGAGUUUGAUACCCCAGAGAUAUUAAUCGCCCAGAAGGGACUAUUCUACAGAAUGGCUGAAGAAUCGGGGCUGGUAUGAUGAGCGGGCUCAAGGAAUAGGCUGUGGUGCAGACUUCUUGGGUCUGGAAGAGAACACCUGACUCUUAAGCUAUCGCCAUCCUCGUGAUCAUCACUAUUAUCGCACACCAUACUAACAUGAUCCUAAGUGCCAGUCUUUAUGGAGCCCAAACAGCAUGCAAAGACACAAACACACACACACAAGUGAGAAGUAUUAGCAGUUUUGAGGAAACCAUACAACGUGUAAAAGAAACAUAUUUAGGGGAGGGACCCACACCCCAAAGAGCCCAGUGAGGAGUGAGCGUAUCUAGUGGACAGGGAAGGGCAAAUUUUUCCAUUUCAGUUCCUCUCAGUUUCCCAACUUUAAAUUCAGUUCUCUACAUUUACACAAUAGUUUGCAAUUAAAAAAAAAAGUUCUCAUGAAAAUUCACAUUUUAGUGUGCAUUUUUGCUAAUACAUACACAUUUGUGUGCAAUUUUGCCUAAUACACGCAUUUUUGAAUGAAUGAAUCUUUAUUAUUCAGAGCCAUAGGCCACCACAAUUAAACAGGCAUAAAAAAUACAAAAUACAUAUUAAAACAGAUCAUAUUACAAUAAAACACAGUUCUUUAGCAUAAAAUGGAAGAGCAGUUCAAAUAAAAUUUCCUCUCCUGGAAGAUACCUUGACCCAUGCAUUUUUGCAAAGCAGUUUCCCAAAAUAUAAUGAAUCUUUGUAUGUUGUUUUCACCGAUAUGUGCCUUUUUAUACACACUCUACCCCAGUAUAUGCAUUUUUGUACACAUGACUUGACUGAGGAACUGCGUGGCAAAAUUCAGAGAAGUGCAAGUUUCAAAGGAUAGCUGUGUUUCAGUUCAUAUGUUUCAGAAAGUGCAAAUUAGGUAGGUUCACCUUUAAAUGCAAACUGAAUCUAAUUUGUCCCCCAUUCCUGCUGGUGGACCUCACACGCUGAUCUUUGGGAGAGAGGGAAAUGGAAAACUAGGUGGGUGGGGGACUGGUGUGGGUACUCCUGAACAGGAGCACUCCACACUGCAACACUUUGUUGCAGUCCUGUAUGUUGUUAAAGCACAUUGCGUGUAAAGGGAGAGAUAAAAGGUCCCUGGACAACAACCCUGCAAGGUCAUUCUCAUGCUACAGAUGAGGAACUGAGGCUGAAAGGCCAUUCAUUCCGUGGGAAGCUUAAGCCAGAUUUCUCUGGCUCAAAGUCCAGCAUGAUGCUAACUAGACUGCAGUGGCUAAUCCAGUACACAAUGAGGAAUGAGGACGAUCCGCAUGGCAAGCUAAGCCAUGCAUGGCACAGAGGUGGUGCUAUGCAAAGCCAGUUUCUGCCUGAUAAAGGCACUGAGAAGGCUGGACCUAUGGGGGCAGCUGCUGUCCCCUGGAUUUCGUCCAACUUUCUACAGUGUUUCUUUUUCUGAUGUCAACAAUGUAACAUCUUCAAAAUGUCUGUCUUGCCAAGAAUGUUGCUUUGAUUGAAACACAAGCAGAGAAAUGGGACUAUGGGUAGAUUCGGGGGGGUGUGUGAUAAUGAGUUGCAUCCAACUGAUAUUUACUUAGAGAAGACCAGUUGAAAUUAAUGACCCUGUUAGUUAUGUACAUCAAUCUCAAUGGGUGUACUCUAGGACUAACAUUGGCUACCUCCCAUUGAAAGUAAGCAUUUCUAAUAGCGGUUUGGUUUAAUCUGAAUCGCAGUACAUGCACUUGCAAUCCUCACAGCAGUCCUGUAAAGUAGGCUAGUGUUAUUAUCUUUGGUGAUAGAUGGAAGGGGCUCUGAGGCUGUGAGAGGGAAUGCUGUGUCUAAGGCCAGCCACUGACUUUAUGGCAGAGGCCAGGUUUUAUACAAGGACUUCCUGAUUCAUUGUCACUUACAGCAGCACAAUCCUAGACAUGUCUGCUCAGAAAUAAGCCCCAUUGACCAGAGCUUGGAAAAGUUACUUUUUUGAACUACACCUCCCAUCAGCCCCAACCAGCAUGGCCACUGGAUUGGGCUGAUGGGAGUUGUAGUUUAAAAAAAAGUAACUUUUCCAAGCUCUGCCCUUGACUUCACUGGAUCUUAUUCAUGUAUAGGUUUGCACUGUAAAUCUCUCAACUACUGUGCUACUCCAUGGUGGUGUCCUUGGUUUUCUUCUGUUGUGGAUCUGCCUCAAAUUCAUUUCAAAGAAAAUAAAAUUGUCUGUUUGGCGACACGUGUUGGCUAGUAUGUGCAUGGUGCGAGUUUAGUACAAGCAGGACGUGAGCACAGUAGCACUUUCCCACUCAUGUUCCUAGUCACAGGUGUGUGUAUGUGUUAAUAUCCUAUGAAAUUUCAUGAAAAAACGUUCUAGAUCAGCUUUUAAAGCAACACCAUACUAUAGUAUUAUAGUAACUUUGAAGCCUAAGCCACUCACUUAUGCAGGUUUUCCACCAAAUUCUAUGGAAUUCAAGGUGAAAAUUGGGGAUUUAUGACUUCAGAAUAGCAGCGGCGUCACUAGCGGGAGUGUGGGGGGGGUGCAGACCUCUGGUGCGCACCCUCCCAGGUGCAUGGAUGGGGGUGGCUGGUCUUGCAUGCGCGCACUCACCACACGCUCCAGGCUGGCUCGCCCGCCCGCCUCCGAGGAGUUGGCUGUGCCGACCCGGAGCGCUUCUCGGCUCCUUUGCCAACCAACGGUGCAGGGCCAGGCGGCUCUGGGUGUCACCCCCCUCAGGGUAUCACCCGGGUGCGGUCUGCACCCUCCGCACCCCGGUAGUGACGCCCCUGCAGAAUAGCAUUACUAAAUGUGAGGGAGAGGGGUUUAGUGGUGUUUGCAUCAGUUCUGUACACUUAAACCAAUUGCAUUUUUCCUGCCUUCUUUUCUGGUGUUAGCAUUAACAUUAUUGAGGCCUCGGGCAUCUUUCUUUGUGCUCAUUUGGCUCACAGUCACACAGCAUUAUGGAUGCAGGCAUUUGAACUGGCCUCCUUGAACACACUUCAUUCAUAUGCCAGAGAGCUACGCUAAUUGCCUGGGCAGCGAUGCAGACUAUAAAGCCUUCAUAUAAAGAUUCCUGGAUGAUACAGAUUAUCUGGAUCCAUUUCAAUCUGGUUUCAGGCCUGGCUAUGGGACAGAGACAGCUUUGGUCGCCUUGGUGGAUGACCUACGCAGAGAACUGGACAGGGGGAGUGUGUCUCUGCUGGUUCUACUGGACCUCUCAGCGGCUUUCGAUACCAUCGAUCAUGGUAUCCUUCUGGGCCGCCCUGCCAAGAUGGGACUUGGGGGCACUGUGUUACAGUGGCUCCAAUCCUUCCUGGAGGACCGAACCCAGAAGGUGGUACUGGGGGACUCCUGCUCGACCCCUUGGCCAUUGACCUAUGGGGUCCCUCAGGGUUCCGUUUUGUCCCCCAUGUUAUUCAACAUCUACAUGAAACCGCUGGGAGAGGUUGUCCGGGGUUUUGGGGUUUGGUGCCAUCAGUAUGCUGAUGACACUCAACUCUAUUUCUCUUUUCCACCUGAAGCCAAGGAAGCUGUACAGGCCCUAAACCAGUGUCUGGCAUCAGUGAUGGACUGGAUGAGGGCAAACAAGUUGAGAUUAAAUCCUGACAAAACAGAGGUACUCCUGGUCAGUCGGAGGGCAGAUCAGGGAAUAGGGAUUCAACCGGUACUGGAUGGGGUCGCACUCCCCUGAAGUCUCAGGUUCGCAGUUUGGGUGUACUCCUGGACUCAGCUUUGAAUUUGGAGGCCCAGAUUGCUGCUGUAUCCAGGAGCGCAUUUGCCCAAUUAAAACUUGUGCGCCAGCUGCGCCUGUUCCUGGAGCUACCUGAUCUGACUAGGGUGAUGCAUGCCUUGGUUACAUCCCGCUUAGACUACUGUAACGCGCUCUACGUGGGGCUGCCUUUGAAGACUGUUCGGAAACUUAAAUUGGUACAAAGAGCUGCAGCCAGAGUGCUAACUGGGGCUGGUUACAGGGACCAUACAACUCCCCUGUUACAACAGCUCCACUGGCUGCCAAUUUGUUUCCGGUCACAAUUCAAAGUGCUGGUUUUGACCUACAAAGCCCUAUACGGCUCAGGUCCAGACUAUUUGACAGAUCAUAUCUCCGUACAUGAACCUGUCCGGGAUUUGAGAUCUUCAGGUGAGGCCCUUCUUGUGUUCCCCACACCUUCGCAAGCACAUAUGACGCGGACACGACAUAGGGCCUUUUCGGUGGCCGCCCCUAGGCUGUGGAACUCCCUUCUGAGUGAGGUGCGAUCAGCUCCCUCCUUGCCGUCUUUCCGGCGACAAGUAAAGACUGUUUUAUUUCAAUGGUCAUUUGGGAUAGAGAACGACCAGGAUUAAGUGUCAUAGGUUUGAUUAUUACAUUAUAUGAUUUUAUUAUUUUAAAUUGUCCGCUGUUUUUAACCUAUAUUUUAUGGUUUUAAUUUUUCUCAUAGUUUAAUUCUUUUUUAAUAAUAUACUCUGUAUGUUUUAAUGGUGUUGUUUUUAGUUGUAAGCCCCACAGCCUCGGGGUUGUACUUGAUUCCAAGCUGUCCAUGGAGGCUCAGAUUUCGGCAGUGAGCCGGGCAGCUUGGUAUCAACUACACCUUAUACGUAGGCUGCAACCCUACCUUCCUGUUCAUCAGCUCCCACUGGUAAUACAUGCCCUGGUCACCUCUCGAUUAGAUUACUGUAAUGCGCUCUACGUGGGGUUACCCUUGAAAAUGGUCCGGAAACUACAACUUAUACAAAAUGCGGCGGCUCGACUACUUACAAACAGUCGUUGCCGGGACCACAUCACGCCAGUGUUGUUCGAUCUACACUGGCUUCCAGUUGUUUUCCGGGCCCAAUUCAAGGUGUUGGUAUUAACCUUUAAAUCCCUAUAUGGUCUCGGCCCAGUUUAUCUAAAGGAGCGCCUACAACGCCACCAAUUAUGCCGCCUGACAAGAUCGGCCACACAAGGCCUUCUCUCAGCCCUGCCAACCAAAGCAGCUAGAUUGGCGGGAACUAGAGAGAGGGCCUUUUCAGUGGCGGCCCCCACCCUCUGGAACUCCCUCCCACAAGGUCUUCGGCACGCCUCUUCCCUGAAUAUGUUCCGCAAGGCCUUAAAGACCUGGCUUUUUCAACAGGCUUUUGGGACUUCUGGGGAGGCUUAAUGUUCUUAUGAUCGAAAUGCCUCCUACCCUGUAUUGUUUGUUAUCAUAAUUUAUAUUGUUAUAUUGUAUUGUAUUGUAUUGUAUUUUGCUGUAUUUUACUAUAUGUACGUCACCUAGAGUGGCUACCGGCCAGAUAGGCGACACAUAAAUUAAAUUUUAUUAUUUUAUUA